AUGAUCAACCUAUUCGCGUUCCUAGUGGAGAAACUUUCCCUCCUCUGCAAAGUCCGAGUGCUGUUUUUGGGCUCGGCGCAUGCGCGCGAGCGUCCCGCCGCGCCUCCUCCGCCGCCGCUCCUCCGCCGGGGCGAUCUCCUGGAGGUACCCCGCACGCUCUUCACCCACUUCGGCGUGUACCUGGGCGACGGGCGGGUGGCGCACCUGAUCCCGGACAUUCUCCCGGCCCUCACCGCCGACCGGCGGCGUCUGGCCUCGGCGGUGAGCAACGCCCGGCUGAUCGCCGGGUGUCUGUGCCGGCGCGCCUCGGUGCGCGUGGACACCCUGGAGGACUUUGCCUACGGCUCCCGCAUCCUGGUCGAUCGCGGAGGCGAGGAAGCCGGGGAGGUAGCGGCGCGCCGGGCGGAGCUUUCGCUCGGCGGCUUCCCUUACAGUCUGCUGUGGAACAACUGCGAGCACUUUGUCACCCGCUGCAGAUAUGGACGCGGUGUCAGCCGACAGACCGAACGGUUUUGCGAGAACGUAAAACGUCUGAUCCGAGAUCAACGCAGUGUCUUGGUGACGGCCAUCAUAGGAAUCUUCUCCGUGCUCUUUUGCGGCCCGGUCGCCUCAACUACAUUACCCACAAUUCUCAUCCCUUUCACGCUGUGGAUGGCCGGUUAG